AUGGGAUCGAUAGUAGUGAGCGACUUCGGUGGGAAUCACUUUCACAAACCCAUAUUUGGAGGUAGCGGUGGACAUCAGCAGACACAGGAAUCUCCCUCUACACACUCUGGACGGUCCUCAGCGUCAGCGAACGCGCCGCCUCGACCCGUGGCCGACGUUCCAAUGGCCGAUGCGGGAGCCCCACCAUCCAGCUCAACACCAGCCCAGCGUGCGCAGCAGCACAACCCCUCAGAAGCCAGCCCACACGCUUUCAACCAGCAGCCCGCACCUCCAUCAAGCCCUCGCUUCCGUCCGCAGUCGCAGCAACCUACGCCCUCUGCCACACAACCUCGAACCGUGCCCUCGUCUGGCUCGACCCCCGCCCAAGGCUCACCAGCACCGCCUUUACGCUCGCCUGCCGAAUCGAGCGCUGCGUCGCCGCGAAAGAUCAAAGUCACCAGCUUGGCCCACAUACAGAGAUUUGCCAUCGAUGAGUCCAGCGCGUUUUCUCAGACGCGCUCACUGUCGAGGCGUCAACGGCGAGACCCUGCAGACGUUGGGCCCCAGUAUGAGAUCAGCGAGAUGCCUGUUUCAGAUAUCAUUGAGAUGGUUGCGGGCCUGCUGACCAAGAUCACCACGACGAACGAUCGGCAGCACGACCACUUGCAUCGCCAAAUACCCCCUGCCGAAGGGGCUUCAGGGCUUAGCCAACAGACGACCAGUGUACUGGCUUUCCACGGCAAGAAUGUCCCCAGCAUAUCAAUCCUGAGCUACCUUAGCCGCAUACACAAAUACUGUCCCACCACUUACGAGGUUUUCCUCAGCUUACUAGUGUACUUCGACAGAAUGACGGAGAGAGUGAACGCCGGUCCCAUACUUAGCCUCCGUCAGGCCAACCAACAGUCACUGACGCGCUCAGAGGCAGCUGCGACUGCAUCAUCGGCAACAAGUGCUAUGGAGCCGACACACUCAGCUGCUGCGCAGGCGGCAACACCACCGCCAUCUGGAUCUCUGGGCAGACCACAAGAUCCCCCGGUCCAAGGCUCUCAGCCUCCAUCCCCUCCUCAACAAGACUUAGAAUCCGAUGGAUACAAUCUCUCGCAUUUCUUCGUGGUCGACAGUUUCAACAUUCACCGACUUGUCAUCGCCGGUGUCACUUGCGCCAGCAAGUUCUUCUCAGACGUAUUCUAUACCAACUCUAGAUAUGCGAAGGUUGGUGGCCUCCCCUUAGUGGAGCUUAACCACUUGGAGCUGCAAUUUCUCUUGCUCAACGACUUCCGCCUGGCAGUGCCUCUCGAGGAGAUGGAAGCGUACGGAACUAUGCUAGUCGAAUUCUACGCACGAGAGGUGGCCGAGCAGCACGAGAGACAGAACGCAGGAAGGCAGUAA